AUGCUGUUACUUAGAGAUAGCCUCAAAGGGAGAGCAGAAACAGCCAUAAAAGGCAUACAAUUGAUCCCACAAAAUUAUAAGUGGAUGAUUAAUGCUUUGAAAAGGAAAUACGGUAAUAAACCGACUAACAGAGCAAAAAUAGUGCAAAAAUUAAUUAAUUUGCCAGCAGCAAAGAAUGAUGCUGAUAGCUGUAUGAACACGUUCGACAAAAUUCGAAUGCUCAUGAAUCAAAUGGUCUCUGCAGGCCAAAAUAUACCACAAAUGCAAGAUGCGAUGUGGACAGAGAAAAUUUUGGAGAAAUUUCCUUACACUAUAGUGAAAAACGUUCUUGUUAUAAUUCAAGAUCAAGAUGAAGUGAAAAUAGAAGAUGUAAUGGAUCAUCUUGAGAAGGAGAUUAAUGCAAAAAAGUUUGUAGACGCACGUUUAAAAGGUCGUGUAAAGUUUGAAAACCAUCCGAACCGAAGACAAUACGGUGUGGAUGUUACAGAACCCCCAAAAUUGGGAAAAAUUUGUCGUUUUUGUGACAACUCAAAUCAUAUAUCAGCGAACUGCCGAACAAUCAGUGAUAUUAAAUCAAGGCGAAAUAUGGUGAAAGAAGCCAGACAAUGCUGGAAAUGUUUCUCAGAAGAAGUUAUGACUGUCAGAAACCAAAUUGUCCUAAAUGAGGCAAAAUGCACGAUCGCUGGUGACCGAUCGCGCAAUCAAAGCUUCUCCAAUACCGUACCAGUUCCAAGAAAUAACACUACUGCUCGGAAUCAAUACGGCAAUGGCCGCAAUAAUGGUAAUGAUCGCAACAAUCAGCAGACAAAUCCUCAUACAGCUGAUCACAGUACUAACCACUCAGCCGAAGGUUCCGUGUACAUUGACAAAAGAAAAGAGCAAGUAAUCCUGAUGACUGCCGAAGGAAAUGUUUGGAAUAAUAACACCAGACAAUUCGAAAAACUCCUGUUUUUCUUUGACACUGGAGCUCAAAAAACCAUCAUUAGAGAGCAGACCGCAAGGGAAUUUGGUCUUCCAACUCAGAAAACCGAAAUCUACACAAUGUCAGGUAUAGGUGGACAUACCGAAAAAUAUCAAACAAACAUUGUCCCCCUCAAAAUCAGCAAUGCCUUUGGCAAGGAGAUCCAUAUGACGAUUCAAACCAAGCCAAUUAUCACUAAUGACUUUUCGUCUGUACGUCUCAACGAUGCAGAUAAACAAUACCUCCAAGACAAAGAGAUUUGCAUAAACAAUCCGAGAGUUCGCGGUGAACAUCAAAACCCGCAAAUAUUAGUCGGUCUAGAUAACUAUUACGACCUCGUAAACACAGUUGACACUAUAACUUUGCCAUCUGGAUUACGCAUUGCGCGUACGGUAUUCGGACCAACGGUACACGGCAAAGGGUCAAUCAAUUCGCAGCAAGAAGCGACAACGAUAACACAUGGCCUCAGCCUCGUUCAAGAACAGAAUGAAUCAGAAAUUCUACAGAAGUUGUUCGAACUAGAUGGUUUAGGAAUAUCAUCAGAAGAAUGUACUAAGAACGAAAACACAUUCGAGUACUUCAAAAGCUAUUCGAAAUCAAUAUCGUUUGAAAACGGCGUUGUAACCGUACCCUUUCCCUUGAAAGAUAAUGUCAUCGACCUAACGGAUAAUUACGGAAUAGCGUACCGUCGAUUGAUUUCGUUACAAAGACAACUAUCAAAUAAUAUCCACCAACGUGAGUGGUAUAACAAAAUAAUGAACGAUUAUAUCCAAAACGAAGUUGUCGAAUUAGUCCACGGACAAAAUAAAAAUUCGGCCGGCACUUACUACAUGCCACAUUCCGGAGUUUGGAAGCCAGAAGAGGCAAAACCAUUGAGGAUAGUAUUUGAUGCUUCCUCUAAGAGAGUCGGACAGCUUUCGCUGAAUGAUGUGAUCUACACAGGAGAAUCCUUCGUGAACAAAAUUCAUGAUGUUCCAGUUGCAAGUAGAACCAGUGGAAUUAUUCUUUUAUGCGAUAUUGAAGCGGCUUUCACGCAAAUUAGACUAGUGGAAGAUCAUAAAGAUUUGUGUCGGUUUUUAUGGCUGAAAGACAUGAAUAAGCCUCCAAAUCGAGACAACAUAGCAGAAUACAGAUUCAAUCGUUUGCAUUUCGGUAACACCUCGGCACCAAGUAUUCUUAACAUGGCCAUUCUGGCAUAUUUAAAUCACAAGAAUACUCCGUUCUCACUGGAGAUUGCAAAAAAUAUUUAUGUAGACAAUAUUCUCUUAUGCGCCACCACCAAAGAGGAAGCACUAGAAAAAUAUACUGCUUCAAAGAAUAUUUUCGGCAUGAAUUUACGAGAAUAUAUUUCAAACUCUGCUGAAGUUAACAGAGCUAUUCCAAGAGGAUAG